AUGUACCAGCGCCUGUGCGGCAAGACGCUGUCGAAGGUGUUGCAGAGGAGCGACUGGGGAGCCGAGCAGCUCUCCCAGGAACAGGUCGAAUACUCGGCGCGUGACGCGGUGGCCGCGCUGGAGAUCAUGCACUCUUUCAAGGACCGCUGGAUGCCCCGCGCAGCCGACGUCGGCAGUUUCGCUCGGAUGUUCGAGGACUCUUUCGAGGUGGACGAGGAUGGAGACCUCCAGCGUGCCGAGCUGUCCGAUGCCAGGGCCAGGGUGCUGGGUCAGCAGGACCUCCCAGGGCCGACGAGGCGGGCGGUGCUCGAGAGCAAGAGUGGCAGAGACGGCGGCGGGGGUCGCUGGGCCCGAGCGCGGACCAAGCGGGCCGCCGUCAAGUUCUACGCUGUCGCCGCCGGGCACGUCCCCGGGGUCUACAGCACGCGGGAGGAGUGCAGGGCGCAGUGCGAAAAUUUCUACGGGGCCAGGUACAAGAGCUUCACGACCCGGGGGCAGGCUGAGGCUUUUGUGAUCGAUCACGGCUGA